AUGAUUCAAGUAAUGCUGCUGCCAAGUUGGGCUGUAUUAACAUACAUAUUUCUGAUUGCACGCAAGGUGAAGUGGGCUUGGGAAUACCUUCUUAUCCAGUCCUUUUUUGGGCCUCGCGGAAUAUUCGAGUUACCAAACUAUGUUGAUGACCAUAGUGUAACGUGUUAUGAAAGUAACAAUCAUGACUGUGGGGAUUCUUCCAUCGAGUGUGCCGUUUGCUUAUGCAGAAUUAAUGAAGGGGAUGAGGUUAUAGAGCUCAGAUGCAACCAUCUUUAUCACAGUGUUUGCUUGGAAAGGUGGUUAGGAUAUGGUCACAGAACAUGUCCACUCUGCCGGGAUAACUUGCAGCCACCGCAACUGGCGGCAGAGCUCCAUCUGCAGACGGAGGUGAUACUAAUCAACUUCUGCGCCACCAGAUCAAGGGAUGACCGCUGUACCUGGUGGCUUCGCUAA